AGUUUUGAGUAGACUAAUCAACGAGCCAGACUUACUUUACAAAUCUCCAAGCUCUUUCAGUCGUCACUUAGCCACCGGAAAGAUUAAAGCACGGUUGAUUUUUCUUUACAUUCAUAGAAUUCUUAAAAACAAUUGUACAAACGAAAAUUAUUAAAAGUUGUGCAGAAUUUUAUUGCAUAAUCAAGAUGGGAGGGGAGUUUGAUUAAUAUUUGUGUAGUGAAAAAAAAAGAUUGUGUGGGAAAAAAAAACGUUUUCAAGGUGUAGAGCAAAUAUUGCAUCUAAUCAAUAAGUUUAUUUUUUAUCUUGACUGAUUAGAUAAGACAAAGCGUAUCCACCUUAAAAGCACUGACUACAGGAAUACUAUAAUAAGACACCUUACCAUUUCUGCUGGAAGAGUCAUGAAGUGAAGUUCAAAAAUUGUCUUAAAAGUGCGGCUAAUUUGGAAGAACCCCAAUUAACUUCCGUGAUUGUUCUAAAACGUUGAAAUAGAAGCUAUAUUUGAAAUUAACAAAAAAAUGUGUAGGAGUUCUUGAACGCAAAGUUUCAUAGGAACAUUUUUUGUGCAAAAGAAGAGAAUAGCAAAAAACUGUGAAUAAUUUGUGAUUGAAAAAAUUCCCGGGCGACAAAAAAAAAGAAGAAAAGCAAAUCUAUAUAAAGCCAACAUUAAUCCGGUUGUCGACCGAAUGAGGCUUUUAUUUGACUCAUCAUUGAACAUUGAGUAGGAAUAUGGUGAUUUUCAUUGAGAAAUUCAAAUAGUGUAACAGAGAGUGAUAAAUAAAAUAAAUCAGCAUGACAAAAUUACCUAUGCUAAUACUACUACUUCAUCAACUACUGUUGAGUGUUGUAUCUGCUCAAAAUCAAACAGAAACAUCUCUUAAUAAUAUCACAACAACACAAAAUGAUAUACAAACCACCACUUCAAUAUAUCACCUAAAUGUUACCGAGGAAAGUCUAGAUAAUUCAACAAUUUCCCCAGAAAAAGCAUCCAAUGACUAUGAGGAGAAAAUUGCUGAGAAUAUACCACCAACCUGCCAUAACCUAAAGCGCCUUCCUACGCAACCAAUCCUCACAGAAUCAUCAGCAAUCAAGAAAUGCUGUCCAAAGGAUGAAAAUCUCAUUCACACCGAUAGGAAUAACAAACAAUGCCAACGUACAAAACACAAAUUUCAACCAACUAUCGUCAAUGCGACAUUCUACGAGGGAUGUAUUGAGGAUGAAGAGACAGAAUCACUGAAUUUGCCGGAAAAAUAUGAAAAUCCGUGCAUGAAUCGUGAAUCAUUCAUUUACAGCAAACACGAUGGUGAUUUGCUGUAUGUUCUGCUAAAUGGAUCGCUAUUGAUUGUAAAUGAGAAAUUUGAGUGGAUUGAGAUUCGUGACGAAUACUGCUUGGACACUGAUGACAAUGGCGUACUGUCAGCAAUUGUUUGUCCAGAUGAACUGGGAAGUUCUACUCCCGAUGCUGAAGUCACUUAUGCACAGCUUAUAUUCUUAGCCAUAUGUAUGCUUAUAUCCAUUCCAUGCCUUCUAGUCACAUCUUUCUUCUACCUGGCUGUGGAUGAUCUAAGAACACUACAUGGAAAAUCCCUUGCAUGCCACUGUCUUUGCUUAGCACUUCGCUUCAUCCUCAUCACAAUUAUUCAGCUUCACAUUGCUGUGCAAAAUCUAUCGAAUUUCUCCAAUUACUUCAUCUAUAUGAUUCAAUACUUUAUUCUGGCCGCCUUCUUCUGGCAAUUUGUCAUGUCAGUGGACAUUGUCAUUAAUGUCUGGUACUAUUUGCCGAAGAAUAUCUCACCAAAAGGAACCCUCCGUGGUUGGAUACACUUCUCCAUCUACUCGACCCUCUCAAUGAUCCUACCGAUCGUUUUUAUAUUCGCGGCCAUUUCACGUCACGAACGCGAAACACCCUAUUUCCUCAAAGGAGUCCACUGGGAUGCAUAUUCCAAUCAAAAUUUCUACAUUCUUCCCGUCAUCGUACUCCUGUGCCUCUGUUUCUGCUGCUUCAUUGGUGCUUACUACGGAUUUCAGCAACUCAAUGAACUCAACAUUAUGGCAUGGCUCAUGAAGAUGAACCCCAUCAAGAAGCACGACAACGAAGUACACACAACCAAAUUAUGCACCAAAGAAAUGGAAUACGUCAAGCAUUCAGCAAAAUCAACUUUCUACAUGUACUGCAUCCAAGCAAUUUGUUUCAUUUUCGAAAUAAUAUCUUUCUAUGCCAAUGGCAAUAACAUUAUUCUAAUGUUUGACACCAUCAAUGCUCUCCAAGGACUUCUAAUCUUAACAAUAUUCGUCUGUUUUCCACACACAAUAAAAAUCAUCAAAAGCUGGUGGAAAGACCGCGGAUCUCAUGUGGUUACAGAGACGAAUAUCGCAGAGAGUAUACCUCUGCGGGAUAUUAGUAAAAACACAAAUGAACAUAUUUAAAAUAACUUAAAUCCUAAGCUUAUGUAGGUAAAUAAAAUAAAUUGCUUAAGUAUUUGUCAGCACUUACCUGAAGAAA